GGUCACGGCGCAGGCGCGCUGGGGAGGGAGGGCUAUGCUAAUGUUGUUGAUAUCCUGGGGCCACCCGAGUUAAAGGGGGGAAAUCCGGGGGCUGCCACUGCUGCCACUGGCCCUGGCCCAGCCGGGGGUCCCCCCCCUGUCGUCGCCGCAGUCCCGGGGAGAGGCGCCCGCCCCCUGCUCAGGGGGGAGGGGGCGCCGCGGGCUCGGGGAGCACGGACGGCCCCUACCCAUGAGGCCCUGAUGGAAAACACAAAGGAUCUGAGUCGGAAGAGACACUAGAAGUCUGCCAAAGCAGCCGCCCCUGUCCAGCUUCUGACGAGUGGCAAGUUGCCUACUGUCAUAGAGCUUUGAUCUCUUCAUCAGAAGUAUGAGACAGAACAUUCUUCACAAUCCAAAAGAAAAAGCAGACUCGUUCGGGAUGUUUGACGGCUAUGAUAGCUGCAGUGAGGACACGAGUAGCAGCUCCAGCUCUGAGGAGAGUGAAGAAGAAGUUGCUCCUUUACCUUCCAGUCUCCCAAUCAUCAAAAAUAAUGGACAAGUCUACACAUACCCAGAUGGGAAAUCUGGCAUGGCUACCUGCGAGAUGUGUGGGAUGGUCGGUGUACGAGAUGCUUUUUACUCUAAAACGAAACGUUUCUGCAGUGUUUCUUGUUCAAGAAGUUAUUCGUCAAACUCUAAGAAGGCAAGCAUUCUGGCCAGACUUCAGGUAACGGGUAAGCCUCCAACAAAGAAAGCAAAAGUCCUUCAAAAACAACCUUUAGUUGCUAAAUUAGCUGCCUAUGCUCAGUAUCAAGCUACCUUGCAAAAUCAAGCAAAGACAAAAGCAGGUAAUUCUGCAAUCUCUGUGGAAGGCUUCAGCUGGGGUAACUACAUCAACAGUAAUAGCUUCAUAGCAGCUCCAGUUGCCUGUUUUAAGCAUGCGCCUAUGGGGACCUGCUGGGGUGAUAUCUCAGAGAACGUAAGGAUAGAAGUUCCCAAUACAGACUGCAGCCUACCUACCAAAGUCUUCUGGAUUGCUGGGAUUAUAAAAUUAGCAGGUUAUAAUGCCCUUUUGAGAUAUGAAGGAUUUGAAAAUGAUUCUUCUCUGGACUUCUGGUGCAAUAUAUGUGGGUCUGAUAUUCAUCCAGUUGGUUGGUGUGCAGCCAGUGGGAAACCUCUCGUUCCUCCUAGAACUGUUCAACAUAAAUAUACAAACUGGAAAGCUUUUCUAGUAAAAAGACUUACUGGUGCCAAAACGCUUCCUCCUGAUUUCUCACAAAAGGUUUCUGAGAGUAUGCAGUAUCCUUUCAAACCAUGCAUGAGAGUAGAAGUGGUUGACAAGAGGCAUUUAUGUCGAACAAGAGUAGCAGUGGUAGAAAGUGUAAUUGGAGGAAGAUUACGGCUGGUAUAUGAAGAGAGCGAAGAUAGAACAGACGACUUCUGGUGCCACAUGCAUAGCCCCUUAAUCCACCAUAUCGGUUGGUCACGAAGCAUAGGCCAUCGAUUCAAGAGAUCUGAUAUUACAAAGAAACAGGAUGGACAUUUUGAUACACCACCGCAUUUAUUUGCUAAGGUAAAAGAAGUAGACCAGAGUGGAGAAUGGUUCAAAGAAGGAAUGAAAUUGGAAGCUAUAGACCCAUUAAAUCUUUCUACAAUAUGUGUUGCAACCAUUAGAAAGGUGCUGGCUGAUGGAUUCCUGAUGAUUGGGAUUGAUGGCUCAGAAGCAGCAGACGGAUCUGACUGGUUCUGUUAUCAUGCAACCUCUCCUUCUAUUUUCCCUGUGGGUUUCUGUGAAAUUAACAUGAUAGAACUGACUCCACCCAGAGGUUACACAAAACUUCCUUUUAAAUGGUUUGACUACCUCAGGGAAACCGGCUCCAUUGCAGCACCAGUAAAACUAUUUAAUAAGGAUGUUCCAAACCACGGAUUCCGUGUAGGAAUGAAGUUAGAAGCUGUAGAUCUCAUGGAGCCACGGUUAAUAUGUGUAGCCACAGUCACUCGAAUUAUUCAUCGUCUCUUGAGGAUACAUUUUGAUGGCUGGGAAGAAGAGUAUGAUCAGUGGGUAGACUGUGAGUCCCCUGACCUCUAUCCUGUAGGGUGGUGUCAGUUAACUGGAUAUCAGCUACAGCCUCCAGCAUCACAGUCAUCAAGAGAAAGCCAGUCAGCUUCUUCAAAACAGAAGAAAAAGGCUAAGUCUCAGCAAUACAAAGGACAUAAGAAAAAGAGGAAGAUGCCAGUUGGGAAGAAGCCUGUCAGUUUGUCGAGCCUGCCCAUGACAGGCGGGGUGCGGAGGAGCUUCUCUGGGGACGAAGAGUUGACUCCUCCUCCAUAUCGAACCCUGCCAGCACAGACAGCCCUGGAGGCCUUCCCACCUCCCAGCACUAGCCGAGAGUUCAGGCCCAGCCUCAAAACAGUGACCACUUCCCAGCUAAAGGAGGAGCUGCUGGAUGGAGAGGACUAUAGCUUCCUUCAUGGAGCAUCCGACCAAGAGAGCAAUGGCUCUGCCACCGUCUACAUCAAACAAGAGCCAUGAGGCAGGCGACUCAGAACCAUGGGCGGAAGGGGCUGUUUACAGGGCUGACUUGGAGUCAGCCAGCUGCACAGCAGGCUGUUCUACUGGGACAUUUUGCUAAACACAGAAAAGUUCAGUUCCAGAUUUUUCAGGUGGGGGGGAAACUAUUUUGGUGGGGGGACAAUUUUUCAAUUUAUAAAGACGGACAAUUUUUGUGUUGUAUUUGAAGCUUUUGAAAGAAUUUUGUAAUAUUUUCCAAGUUUGGAUUUAUGUGCAUUGUUAACAAGAACUGAAAUUAUAACUUUUUUGGUAAGAUAAAAGUUUAGGUAGCAGGAUUGAAGGAAAUGAUUAAGAAGGAUAUAGUUGUAAAUGCAAAUGAACUGUCAUUACACAUGAACCUUCUUGGUACCUGUUGGGAGAUUUUUGGAUUUUAGAGUUAGGCCAGUCACAUCUCCAGCUUCCUUUGCUGCGAAAAUAUAUGCAACUGAAGCCCUCACAGAGGGCUCAUCACCAUGGAGAUCACAGAGCAACUGAAGCCCUCACAGAGGAGGGCUCAUCACCAUGGAGAUCACGGAAGGGGUCAUUAAUUGUGCUCGCUGACAUUUUAUUGCAGCCCGUUUAACUGUUUGUACAGAAAUUUUUUCAUUCUGCUAAAAUUUAUUUGGAGUUGUAUAUGAAACUAGGAGAACUCUGGAUACUUUUAUAUGCUCUCCUUCACAUAAAAAUGAUUAAAAUUUUCUAACACUAAAGUGUUAAACUGGAAUGGUUGACAAAAUACACAGGAUCUCAGUCUACGUAAAGGGUUGGGGGAAAUUAGUAUUUUCCUAAGUUUAUUCUGUUUUCCUUGCUAGAAAACAUCCCAUAAAGGGAUAUUCUUAUCAGACCUCAGCCAUUUCCUCCAUCUGUGAGAGAGCAACAGGAUGAAACCACACCUGAAAACAGAUACUGCUCUGUGUUAACAAAAGAAUCAGAUGAAAAAAUUGUUAACCAAAAUAAGUAUAGAUUUCAGAAUCAUUCCAGCUCUACUCUUAACUGUCCUGGAUUUGUUAGAAACUGAUUUGAAAGAAAUUUUUCUUAAAAUUCCAUAGACACACACAUAUUAUGAAUUGUCUUUAAUUGUAGUCAGAAUGUAUUGUAACAAUAAAUGAUUUGGACCAUUUUAAACAUUCCCUAUUUUAAAAUUCAUACGACUUCCUUAAGAAGUAGGAUGAAAGGGUAAAUUGGUGACAGGUCUGCUCUCUGCGUUUUCUAACCUUCUACCGAAUCGUGACUGAAUCAGAGAGCUCUAGCAUUUACCAGUGAGGUUCAUAAACUAAACUCUCAGGAAUUCAUUGCAUCUGUUCUAGAAGUGCUUCUGGGUCUGAGCCUGGCCUCUUCAGAGUGGUAACACUGCCCAUUUCCUCUGGAAAGUAGGCAGGGCUAAGGAGAAAUUAAUCAAAAUGAUUAACCUCUGCAGCCUUUCAGCCUAUGGAAUGCUUUAAAAAAAAAAAAAAAAAAAAAAAAAAAAAAAGAAAAGAAAAGAAAGGAAAAAAAAAAAGAAAAAAGCUAAUGGAAAACCCCAGGAGACGUUUUAGGUAAGAUUUUUGUUUGACUUUUAAAUGCAUAGAAAAUUAAAAACCAGCAAUUUAUUUUCUAAAAUACUGCUCUACUUUUGGGAAUAAUAGCAUUGGUAAUAUGCACAGGUUUACCUCAUUCUAUGCAAGAGGGGUUAAUAAAUAACAUAAGGUUUUGUAGUAGCUACUGGAAGUAAAAUGUGUUACUUUUUAGUGUAAAAAUGUAUGGAAUCGCAUGUCACCAUUUUUUAAUACUGACUCUGGGGGCUAAAUGCAGAUCACAUCAAUGCAAGUUGAUUCUUGUGUCAAAUAUAUGUGAAUUCAGCUGUAAAAUUACUGGAUAUUUAUCUUAAACAACAGUGCUGAGAGGGACCUACUGUAAAUGUGACAUCCGCACACUUCCCAAAUCUUUUUCUUGAAAGGAUCUUCCCAGAAGCUUAAAGCCUAGAAGAGGUCCAAAGCAAAGGUCCUAGCAGUCUUUGUUCUCAGGCUCAGCGCGUGAAAGAAACCCAGGACUGUGCUUCCAUGGUACCAGGGCAAGAAGCCUGUUGUAUGGGGCGCUCUCACACCUUAGGUGGAGGGGCUCUCCAGGGAACUGACUAUAAGCCAGGAAGGAUGUGAUUUCAAGCCAGCCAGUCCUGGUAAUUAGUUCUGUGAAAUACUCAUUUGUAGCCAGGUUUUACAAGCUUCCAAUUCUACACCAAAACCAGGCUUGGCGUGUUUAGAAUUCCCCGCCUACAUUCAUAAAGUGUUUAUGUUCACUAAUGGUAAAGGGUUGGUAAGGACUUGCUAGAGUCCAAACAGAACCCGAAGCCCUCUCUUCUUUGUUAAGACCCUCGCUCCUGCUGCUAACAGAACGUUAACCAGAGGAGGCUUCCAUCGUAGCUGUAAUUCCUGUCGUCAUACAACUCUUCAUACAAGCCUGUUCUCUUUCACAGUUCAACAUGGACUGCUGACCUUGGGUUUGUUUUUGUUUUCCUGUUAGAAGCCUGGGAACUUUUAGUAGUUUAAUCUUUUUAACCUUUUUCCUUGCAGUGUAUGAGGAAAGCUAAAGCUGUUAUCAACUUCUUAUUCUGCGGAUACUAACACGGGUUUUCAGUGUUUGUUUGUUUUUAUUAUUAAUUAAUUUUGUGUGAUGUGAAUACCCUCGCCCAUCAAUAUUUGUAUUAUGGUGCUAUAUAUUUGGUAAUGAUCCUUUAAUAUUGGGGAGGGAUUUUAAAAAUACUGUGAUUAAACUGGGUCUCUUCCUUUGAUUUUCAUAUUUUAAAUAAAGCCACAGUCAUUUAUACAAAGACAACAACAAAAAAGCAUCUGUCCCUGGGCAGACCUUUCAAGGACAGAGGCCAAAGUAAAGUACAUACGGUUUUUACAUCGUUUCUGUGUGCAUUUGAUAUAUAGAUCAAUAUCUGGACAAAUUUAAUCUUUUAUUUUCUGGUAACUUGUGAUUAUUGAGGAAGUGUUUGAAGCUUUCUCAUGGAAUGUAUAUAAUGGCGUGAAAAAUUCCUUCAGAGAAAUUUAUGUUCCUUUCAUUUUUACCAAAAUGCAAAUUUUCAGCAUGGAUGUGAAAAGCAUUAAAAUUAUAACUUUGUGUACAAGAUGAAAAUAAUUCACUAAAUUUGCCCUUUUUUUACACAAAAUAAAAUGUUAAAGUUAAGCUUUAUU